GGAGGGCGUUAUGAACCAAUAAGACAUAAGGACGGGUAGUGGGAGGAGUCUAGUAGCUGAGUCAAGAGCAGAGCAAACAGCUCACAGACAUCCUCCUCUUCUUCAGGAUGGACGAAGAUGAGCCCAGCGCGUCACGACAAAACCAGCCGGACAGCAUGUGGAUCCACCUGAAGGGAAUGCACAAGUUCAAAAGCACAUCCCAGAGGCUCCGGGGGGUGCUGGCCCAGAUGGAUGAGGGGCUGGUGGACCUGGCGGAGCUCAGAAGAAACCUGGAGUUGGCUGCUUCUGUCCUGGAGGCGGUGUACGUCGAUGAGAGCAGACGUCUGCUGGAUACUGAGGAUGAGCUCAGUGAGCUGCAGGCAGAGUCGGUGCCAAGCGAGGUCCGCUAUUGGCUGGCGUCGACCUUCAGCAGGAAACUGGGCGUGGCCCGGCGCCGGCCGGAGGAGAAGCCCCGGUUCAGGAGCAUCGUCCACGCCGUGCAGGCUGGCAUCUUCGUGGAGAGGAUCUACAGGCGUACAUCCAACAUGGCCGGUCUCACCUACCCUCCAGCCGCUCUCGCCUCUCUCAAGGAAAUAGACAAGUGGUCCUUUGAUGUCUUCGUGUUCCAAGAGGCGACCGGAGAACACGCACUCAAGUUCCUGACCUACGACCUCCUGACCCGAUAUGACCUUAUCAACAGAUACAGGAUCCCGCUAGGUGCUCUGGUUCAGUAUGUGGAAGCUCUGGAGGCCGGCUACAGCAGGAACAGGAACCCCUACCACAACCUGACCCACGCUGCUGACGUCCUACAGACCGCACACUACCUGAUGCUGCACACUGGAGUCAUGCAUUGGCUCAGUGAACUGGAGAUCCUAGCGAUGGUCUUCGCUGCAGCAAUCCAUGACUUCGAACACACCGGGACCACCAACAACUUCCACAUACAGACCAGGUCAGAGGUGGCCCUCCUGUACAACGACCGCUCGGUGCUGGAGAACCACCACGUGAGCGCCGCCUACAGGCUGAUGGCAGAGGACGAGAUGAACAUCUUCACCAACCUCAACAAGGAGGACUGGAGGGAGCUGAGGGCUCUGGUCAUAGAGAUGGUGAUGUCCACUGACAUGUCCUGCCACUUCCAGCAGAUCAAGACCAUCAGAAACCACCUCCCCCAGAGCCACGAGUCAGUAACAGUGGUGAAGGUGUUGUCUCUGAUGCUCCACGCGGCAGACAUCAGUCAUCCAGCAAAGACCUGGUGUCUGCACCACACCUGGACCCACCACCUGAUGGAGGAGUUCUUCAGACAGGGGGAUAGAGAGGUGCAGUUGGGACUUCCUUUCUCGCCGCUAUGCGACGGGGAAAUGUGCGUUGUUGUGUGUGUAGGUUUCAUAGACUUCAUCGUGGAGCCUACCUUCAGCAUCCUUAUAGACGACGAGAAGGUGAUGCUGCCGCUGAUAGACGAGGAGAGACUGGCCAGGGAGAGCGGACUCAGGAGGUCCAGUUUAACAGGAAGUGGAUCGGUUACCGUGGAUUCAGUCCAGCGGCACAGCAGUAGUCGUCAUGGAAACAGUGAGGACGGACAGACAGACUUCUCCUGGCCGCCGUGGACCCUGCCGUCCCUGCGUCGGCGCCUGGCCGGCCUCAUCAGCAGCAACAAGGAGCGCUGGAAGGAGCUGUCCUCCCAAGGGUACCACAGACACUCUCAGACACCAGGAGCUGUCCACUACCACAGACACUCUCAGACACUAGGAGCUGUCCACUACCACAGGACCACUCUCAGACACCAGGAGCUAUCCACUACCACAGACACCAGGAGCUGUCCACUACCACAGACACUCUCAGACACCAGGAGCUGUCCACUACCACAGACACUCUCAGACACUAGGAGCUGUCCACUACCACAGACACUCUCAGACACCAGGAGCUAUCCACUACCACAGACACUCUCACACACCAGGAGCUGUCCACUACCACAGACAAUCUCAGACACCAGGAGCUAUCCACUACCACAGACACUCUCAGACACCAGGAGCUGUCCACUACCACAGACACUCUUAGACACCAGGAGCUGUCCACUACCACAGACACUCUCAGACACCAGGGGCUGUCCACUAUCACAGACACUCUCAUACACCAGGAGCUGUCCACAACCACAGACACUCUCAGACACCAGGAGCUGUCCACAAACCCACAGCACUCUCAUACACCAGGAGCUGCCCACUACCCACAGAAUACUCUAUGACACCAGCUGGAGGCCAGCUCAUUGAGGGUCGAUAGAGAAGGAAGAGAGAUUGUGAGAUAUCUAUAUCUAGAUCGAUAGACAGAUAGAUAUACUUACAUGUAUAAAUAAACCAUAUCUGUUCUGUUGGGUUUAGAGUGGUGUUAAUGUUAACAGUCCCAAUUGAUAUGCCACCAGCUGUGAGUGUGAUUAGCCUUCACAAAGCCGUUUUGAAAAUCU